AUGAUGCAAAGCUCCACCUUCACAGCUCCCCAACUGUUGCUGCUUCUGUUGGCAGCUGGCUGCAGUGCCGCAGCCGAUAAGGCGCUGCCAAAGCGCAGUCUUAGCCUCUCCGAUGCCAGCAUCUCGAAUGCCAUUGCCUCGGGUCCCUGGACCAUUGCGAGUGGCACGCGUUUGCCCGCCAUUAGCGGCGGCUGGAACGUGGCAGGCUGGAGUGGCAAUGGCUGGAAUCCCUCUGCUGGCUGGAGUGGGGGCCACAGUUCACUUGGCGGUGUGCCCUCACCUAACGAGGUGGCCAACGCAAUCUCAGCCGCUAAACAAGCGUCGGCCAAUGUGCUGAUUGCCCAGCAACAGAUGCAGGCGGCCAAGGAGAAUGUGCUGAACCAGCAGCGGAUCGCCAUGGAGAAGGAGACUCAUGCCGCCAUUCUGACCCAAAAGUCGGAAGCGGCCGCUGCCAUUCAACGCUCUGAGGCAGCGUCGGCGGCACAGUCGGUGGUGCUGGCUCAGCAACGACUGGCCGCCUCAAAGGCGGCGGUGGCGCAUCAGCAACGCAUUGCGGCCGCUCGAGAAGCUGAAGCGGCGGCUGCUCUCCAACGUUCGGCGCACGCUGCUGCUGCCGAGAUCCAGAAGACGGAGUACGAGGCCGCCAAGUUUGGACAGUAUACGCGCAAUGGCAAUGCCGGCGCAGCCCACCAUUUGACCCUGACAAAGGACGCCGCCUUCGCCCCCAUCACUGCCGGCACCAAUCACGUGCCCAAUCUGGAGUCUUGGCUGAGUGGCAAUGGCAAGACUGCAGCCCCUUCCGGCUGGUUGUAG